AUGGAGCGGCGAGCAGCGGAAGGCGCGGCAGCGUUGUCACGCUCCGCCAGCCGCGCACGCCGGCGCACGCUGCUCGACGCGAUCGCCGCGGACGAGCCGACCCUCUUCCUGCGGCUGCUGGACGGCUCCUCGGUCCCAGCGCACCGGGAGCUGCUGCAGUUUGUGUCGAGCUGCGUCAAGGGCCUGCCACCAGGGGACAGCUGGGACCUGAGCGGGGUGCUGGUGGAAGGGGAGCCCGUGUCGCGGGACGUGGUUGUGGCGUGGGUGGAGGUCGUCUAUAACGCCUCGCCCACCUCAUACGCCGACGACGGCGCUGAGCUGGCGCCGGACGAUGCCGGCCGCGGCGUCCCCGCCGCCGCGCUGCUGCUGUUCGCCGACGCCGUCGGCUCCAGCGGCCGCGUCGUGCGCGCGUGCUACGAGCGGUGCCGCGGGCAGUUUGACGCGCUGCGCGUCAAGCUCGGCAGCGAGCAGCUGCAGCUGAGCCUGGAUGGGCGCGGCUACUGCUGCCUGCCCAGCGGGGACCUGAUAGAGUGCACGGUGUCGCGCGACGAGGUCAUCAGGCAGCUUCCCAUGCCCCAGGAGGCCGCGUUCAAAGUAAUUCGCCCCCAGGUCGCCGCCCAGCUGGAGCCGAUGCUGCACCUGGCCUACCGCCUCGGCCUGGACGAGCUGCGCGCCAAGCUGCACGCCUUCAUCCUCGCCAACACCAUGUUCCGCUCCUCCCUGCUGACCCGCCCCCUGCUGACAUCAGCCGUCUUCAGCGAGCGCGUGAUGGCGGCCGUCGACCGCCGCGCGCUGCGGGACGCGUGGGUCGACUCGAUUGUGUAUGGCGCGGGCGACGUGGCGCGCGACGGGGGCUUGUUUGAGGUCUCGUCGAUCAGCGCGGGCGGCGUCGUCGCGGCGGACGUGGCGCUGAGGCGGCCGUUCAUGGGGUCGCCCGCCGGGACGCGUGUCAAGCUGGAUGUUGACCUGCGGACGGGCCAGAUGUGCCGCGACGAUGGGGAGGUCUGCAUGGUGGGCGCGGACGUGUGCAAGCUCGUGGUUGGAGGAGCGUUCUGA